UACAAGAAGCGAUUAACAAAAAUGGAUUCUCAUGGUCAAUCUCAAAGCUACAAAGCUGGUGAAACCAAAGGCCGCACUCAGGAAAAGACGGAACAUGCAAUGGGUACAGUGAAGGAUAAAGCUGGCCAAGCCAUGGACAAGGCGUCAGAGACUGCUCAGGCUGCUAGAGGCCAUGCUCAACAGACCAAGGACAGUACGGGGCGCAAGACAUCUGAGACUACUCAAGCUGCUAAAGAACGGGCUGGUGAGGCGAAAGAUAGCACAGGCAGUUACUUGCAAGAGAAAACUGGAGCUGCAAAGGAGAAGGCAUCGGAUGCUGCUCAGUAUGCCAAAGAAACUACCCAAGCUGGUGCGCAGAAGACUGGUGGCAUGCUAUCGAGUGCCGCUGAACAAGUAACUGGUGCAGCUAAAGGUGCUGUUGAUGCUGUCAAGAAUACUUUUGGCAUGGCUGGUGCCGGUGAUGAUCCUACAGCUGACAGGGAUUAG